GUGAACAAGAAGAAAUUCAUAAUCAACAUGCUGCUGACUAUGCAGAUGGAGCGAUACGUCAGAGAGGUCAAUUUAGAAGAGAUGCAAUAUCAAGAAUUAUUCAUGGCUGUCGGGUCUAAAAGGCUCCUUACUGGGUAUGGCUUUCAUUGUGGUAGCUUUCAGUACUGGUCCAGAACUUCCAGAUGCUUCUUCGGUGAUUGUUUCUUCUUCAGCACAGGCUGUUGGAGUGUAAUCAACGCUUUUUUGUGGGCAACCUGCCACAACAGCACCUAAAAUUUAAAAUAUAUGCUAUUUAUAUUUAUUGACAUGUAUAUACAGGGUGUUCCAUAAUUAUUGCGACAAAAUG